UAUCCGUAAAAAACGUCCCCCGAUCGUGCCAGUGCCAACCUUUACCGACUCCCACCUACUCUCCUCAACGAUAUAAACCCUUGCCUUGAUCCGACAUUAUGGCUUCAUACGGAAAUACUAUGCCAAUGGCCGCUCCUCGUCAUGGCCAGCAGGCCGCCUACGGUGCGCCAAUGCAGGUCCAUGGCCAAAUCCCCUUACAAGGACCACCCGCCCCUGCUGGCACCUUCGCUCCGGGUACCAAGAUACAGGUCGGCAACCAUAGGGUAGUGAUUCAAAAAUAUUUGUCUGAGGGUGGAUUUGCACACGUUUACCUAGUGAAGAUGCCUCAACCCAUCAAUGGAACUGACCAAGCCGUGCUGAAGAGAGUCGCCGUGCCGGACAGGGAGACUCUUCGUGGGAUGCGGACAGAGGUCGAAACAAUGAAACGACUUAAAGGACAUAAGACGAUUGUUACAUAUAUCGACUCACACGCAUCCGAGCUAGGUGGUGGUGGAUAUGAGGUCUUCUUACUCAUGGAAUAUUGCAAUGGAGGAGGGCUGAUCGACUUCAUGAAUACCCGGCUACAACACCGACUUACCGAACCCGAGAUUUUGAAUAUUUUCUCAGACGUUGCAGAAGGGGUUGCUUGUAUGCAUUAUCUCAAACCGCCUUUGCUACAUCGAGAUUUAAAGGUCGAGAACGUCCUAAUUACGAUGCAUGGAUCCCGAAGGAAAUUUAAGCUGUGCGAUUUUGGCUCGGCAGCACCGCCCAGAGCCGCGCCUCAGACGGUGGUGGAAUGCCGUUUGGUGGAUGAAGAUGUUCAAAGACAUACUACUUUACAAUAUAGAAGUCCGGAGAUGAUUGACGUAUACCGAAAACAACCGAUAGACGAGAAGUCGGACAUUUGGGCUCUUGGCGUGCUUCUUUAUAAGCUCUGCUACUAUACAACUCCAUUUGAGGAACAAGGGCAACUUGCUAUAUUAAAUGCAAGCUUUAGGUUCCCUAGCUACCCGCCCUUUUCGGAUAGGCUAAAACAACUAAUUGCAUCUAUGCUGAGGGAAGACUUACGAUCUCGGCCGAACAUUUACCAAGUGCUCCGAGAAAGUUGCUUGAUGCAGGGUAUUGAUGUACCCAUACAUGAUAUUUAUUCUGGAAAAUCCCAAUCAGGAAAAGGCGAGAAGCAACCAUCUUCUGGAAAGGAGGGAAGAGGUACUCCAGGCAUAGGUGCAGUAUAUUCUCCACCACAGCAACCACAAACCCAGGCAAUACCUGAGGUUACACCCAUGAGGCGUGGAAGGCCAUCUGCUGCUAGCCAAUCCGCUCCAAGUCAACAUACUCCAAAACUGGCGCCAAAACCAAGCCCAUCUCCGGCGAGAGUCACAAACGGCGACCCGUUCGCUGCCCUUGACUCUAAAACAGGAUCAAAAUUCGACGCGGACGAAUUAUCGUCAAGAUUUCCAACCCUCGAUCAGUUCUCCCUCCUACACGAUCAGGGCACUAAGUUUGAUUUCGACAACCCAACUUCCCCUGCGGAUCCGCAAAAGCAACUAAGCCAACGUGUUACCGACCAACUUGCAGACAAUGCCUUUGCUAGACCCCAACCUACGGCGGGAGCAGCCCCUCCAGGCCAGAGACAGUCAACAGAUUUAAAUAGAGUGAGGUCGGUAAACGCCGCGACUGAUAUACAAAGGACAUCUCCCCCGCCUGGAUCUACGAAUAAGCCUGGUUCUGCUCCUCCUAAGCCAACCGAAAUGAGCCGUGCCUCGGCCAUAAUCUCUAGUAAUCCUGAGCUCCAAGCUAUCUCAUCUCCGCCACAGACUUCCCAAGAUACCGCAAAGCCGGGCAUGGUGUCUAUUGGGACGAUGACCAGUGAUACACCUCCCCCUGAAAGACAAAUUCGGGACUAUCCUCCUAUUCACAGAUUCCCUCCAGCAGACCAACAGCGCACAUCGAGUUUGCCAAGACAGCAAGAGUCAACAGGCACUGGCCAAAGACGACCAGAUAUGGCUUACCCAUUGCGACCCACCCCAACUCCUCGCCUUGAUUCUAUCCCGCCUCCACAAGGACACGCCCGACACUCUUCUUCAUCGCGCCCAUCCCUUGAAACCGGUCGACCGAGCGCUGAACAGCUAGACGCACUAUCCAAACCACCAAUCGGAGGGCGUCCCAGGCCUGUUAGUACUUAUCUAGAAUCUGAUAUGGAUUACCUUCGGGAGCGGGAAGCGGCACCUAGACCACUCCGUUCCCCUGGAUUUUCGCCAAAGCUACGUGGAAAUUCUUCGUCGCCGAGGCUCGAGCCUCAAGACGACUCGGCAAUAGAAUCAAAUGUGGACUUCCUCCGAUCAAUGGAGGACCCAGACGGAAAGAAGAAGGAUAAGGGUGUUAAGCAACAUGGGAAGCGUGCUAGUAUCACAUCCUUAUCUGGUACUAAGAAUAUCCUUGCCGGGAGGUUUGGCGAUGCUUUCAAACGGUUUGAGGGUAAUCCUUCGGGUUCUGGUGCACGGACCCCAUCUCCACUUAAAGAUAUGGAACGCCACGAUCUCACCCCUAUCGCGGGAUCAGAGGCAACUGACGGCCGCAGCGAUGACGGCCACCUUCUCGGGGAGCCCGAAAUGACACCGGAGAUGCGACGAGAACUCGAAGCCCAAGCUCUCGCCGAAGAGGAACGGCGGGUAGAGGCGGCAGCAGCCGAGUAUAAGCAGCGAAUGGCAGCGCGAGACGCAGGAGGCUCGUCAGCCCCGCUACCUAAGAGCAUCGGCGGCGUGUCGCGAGCCGUGAGCAUACAGAACCGCGUGCAGAACCUGUUAGACGAGUCCCAGAAGUCCUCGCAACAAGUCCAGCGCACGGCAACCGGCUACGGCAAGUUCUCAGACGCGGCCACAGUCAAAAGUCGUCCGGAAAAACAACUCCCUGAAGUCCCAAAGAAACUCGUCACCGGCAACCGUGGCAACGCCCCGCCCCUCAAACCCGUCUCUACGAUCGAGGUUCCACGGGGUCGCGCCCCCGCCGACCCAACUUCGCCGAAUAAACCCACGCUCCCGCCCAAACCUACGCAUUUAAAUAAACUGCCAACGGGAGGCGGGCGCGCUAGAUCGCCUCCGAAGGGACGCGGUGCGGGACCCGCGCAGCGCAGUUCUUCGGAGCAUUUGGCUGGUGUGGGGUUGCCGGGCCGUCCGAUCCUCGAUAUGAGCUUUAAGGAGAAAGAGGACUAUAUACAGGAUUUCACGAAACGGUUCCCGAGCUUGAGCUCGAUUGAGAUGGUUGAGCGUGAUUUGGAUGAUGAGGCGGAGGGGACGGGGAGGCGGUGAUGGGGUGGUGUGGUGGUAAUUUAGGGGAGGGGAAAGAUGAGUUAAGAGGGGGGAGGUGAGGUGAGAGGUGGUGAGAGCAGAGGAGGGAAGGAAGUGGAUAGAAGAUAGAUGGUGUAGAGGAGGAGCCUCAUAUCAGGCAUAGACGAGUUAAAGACAGCUAAGGCGUGCAAGAUAGAGCGCAGCGCAGCG